CUGUGCGCGCUUCCAUUAUGUGCGUGCGUGUUUACGGCACUGACAGAAUUUAGCACGACACCGGAAGUGUACUUGUCAGUAUCAAAGAUGGCGGUGUCCAUGAGGAGGACACUGCUGUUUCUUCACAGGGCAACAUGCAGCAGAUUAAAGAACACAGAGCUGCCUCUGGAGGUACAACAUCCCCUCCCGCUUUCCAUGCAGGUCAGGACAAAGAAGAGGUACUUUAUCCCUCCAGCAGUGAACAAGAAGAAGGAGACGAACAGAGACAUAGAAGAAAGGUUGAGAGCAGCAGGCACUGUUCCCCCACAGGAGAUUGUUGAGAGGCAAAUUAACAUCUCCUGCACUGUGGGAGUCUUCGACCCCUACAUCCCACCAGAGGGCGAUGCUCGUCUGUCUACUCUGUCUAAAGAUGGCUUAAAACAACGAACGGUGCAGCUCCGACAGACUGCUGCCUCACAGCUAGCGUUUCGUAAAAUCAGGGAGUACGACUCGCUCUUCUCAACAAAGACUUUUGCCGAGCAAGCUCAGGAGAUUUUCAUCGAGGCCCACAAUGCACUGACACAUUUUGACAAAGUAAAACUUCACUCUUUGGUCACGGAGCGCUGUUAUCCGGAGAUGACGAGGGGAAACCGUCUUAAGACAAUUCGAUGGGCAUUUGUGGAGUCUCUGGAGCCCCCCAGAGUGGUGCACUCCCGGUGUCCUGACAUGAUCAGUAAAGACAACCUUUAUGGCCAAGUGACGGUGCGCAUGCACUCCAAACAGACUCUGGCCAUUUAUGAUCGAUUCGGGCGGCUGAUGCUGGGCAGCGAGGAGCAGCCGAAGGAUGUGUUGGAGUACCUGGUCAUAGAGCGACACCUCACAAACCGCUAUGGACGUUGGAGGCUACAUGGAAAAAUAGUUCCUUCCUGGGCUCCUGCUAAAGAUCCAAUUAUUAAGACCAUCAUGAUUCCGGGUCCCAAACUUCGUCCUGAAGACGAGCCUGAUGCCGUCAAAAUUGAGAUUCCUAAACCUGCAGCUGUACAGUGGUAUAAGUAGGCCACAAGAUGUCACUAUUCGUCCCACAGAAGAACAGCAACUGUCACCAGUCAUGAUUCACAAUAUCAUUGGGGGACGUUUCUGUGGUCUGAAACAGCUCACGUCAUGUUUGGCCUACAUUUUUCUAGGUUUUGUUUGACCAAUUUCACAUGUACAUUUAAAUUAAAUACAACUGCUCAAAUCUCCAGAAA